AAAUCAAAACCACAGUGGUGUACCCAGCCACGGAGAAACACCUUCAGAAAUAUCUCCGGCAAGAAGUGCACCUCAUCCGUGAAACCUGGGAGUAUUACAAGGACAUAACGCUGCCCUUCAUCCAGUCCCAGAGCUUCAGCAUCCAGUGGGUAUAUAAUAUUCUGGAGAAGAAAGCUGAGGCCGAUCGAAUCAUCCAUGAAAACCCAGAUCCUCGCGAUGGCUUUGUUCUAGUUCCAGAUUUUAAGUGGAAUCAAAACCAGCUGGAUGACCUCUACCUGAUAGCCCUCGUUCACCGCCGAGACAUCAAAUCACUUCGGGACCUCACGGCUGAGCACCUCCCGCUGCUGAGGAACAUCUUGGUGGAAGGCAAGGAGGCCAUAACGAAGCGUUUCGGUGUUCCUGAAUCCCAGCUACGUAUCUACCUACAUUACCAACCCUCCUACUACCACCUCCACGUGCAUUUCACCGCCCUGGGUUACGAUGCUCCGGGUUGCUCUGUUGAGAGGGCUCAUCUCCUGGUAGAUGUGAUUGACAACCUGGAGAUGGACUCCAUGUACUACCAGAAACGGGCUUUGACCUUCGCCCUUCGCGCUGACGAACGUCUGCUGAAGAAAUUCCAGGAGGCAGGAAGAGUCUGA